GGAGCCUCGUUCCCGUGCUCUGGUGGCUGCCUGGUCUCCGGACGCCGAGGGAGAGACAUGGCAGCGGUUGGAUGCGAGGGCGACCGUGUGGAGCCGGUCUGAAAGCUGCAGGAGGAGCACGAAGAAGUAGCCCCGAAGGACUCGGAAGACCGGCCGGGAAGGCGAGACCACGGCGUCCGAUCCCAUCGAAGGAGGGUGCGGGUGGAUUAGCCGCUGGGUAACGGCCCGACGGAGGCGGAUUGUUAUUGGGGGAGAGAGCGAGCAAGAGAGAGAGCGGUGCCGGCGGGCGCUUCAAACCAACGUAUUUAACUCAUAAAUAUUUCUCCACGUCCAGGCAGGAGGGUGGAUGAGGGAGGGGCGGCCGGAAUUUUUUUUCUGAUAUAGUCCCACCGGCAAGAAACCCCCAUCCCCCCUCCCUUCCCCCUCCUCCCCGGAUCCUCCAAACCGCCUUCCGCAGGAUGAACUCGGUCAGGGCAGCCAACAGGCGACCGAGGCGACUAUCGAGGCCGCGCCCCGUACAGGAGAGAAACAACGUCGCGGAUGAGGAUGUCCCUGCAGACAUGAUUGCGGAAGAAUCAGGACCUGGUGCACAAAACAGCCCGUACCAGCUGCGGAGAAAAUCACUACUCUCGAAACGAACAGCCUAUCCUACAAAGAAUAGCAUGGAGGGUGCUUCCACUUCAAGUUCAGAGCAUUUUGGUCAUAGAGCUAAGCGUGCAAGGCUGUCAGGAAAGUUACAAGACCUUCCUGCAUCACCAGCAGAGCAAUAUCUCCAAGUAAAAUUACCAGACGAGGUCGUUAUGAAUAUCUUCUCAUAUCUACUUGAACAGGACCUUUGCAGAGCAGCUUGUGUGUGUAAACGCUUCAGCGAAUUAGCUAAUGAUCCAAUUUUAUGGAAAAGAUUGUAUAUGGAAGUGUUUGAGUACACUCGACCAAUGAUGCAUCCGGAGCCAGGCAGAUUUUACCAGAUUAAUCCAGAAGAUUGUGAACAUCCAAAUCCUUGGAAGGAAAGCUUUCAACAACUGUAUAAAGGAGCGCAUGUAAAGCCUGGAUUUGCAGAGCACUUUUACAGUAGCCCAGCAAGGUAUAAAGGAAGAGAAAAUAUGUUGUAUUAUGAUACAAUUGAAGAUGCCUUGGGAGGUGUUCAGGAAGCUCACUUUGAUGGUCUUAUCUUUGUACAUUCUGGUACCUACACUGAUGAGUGGAUUUAUAUUGAAUCCCCUAUUACUAUGAUUGGUGCAGCACCAGGAAAAGUUGCAGAUAAGGUCAUAAUUGAAAACACUAGGGAUUCUACCUUUGUAUUUAUGGAGGGUUCUGAGGAUGCCUAUGUUGGAUAUAUGACAAUCAGGUUUAACCCUGAUGAUAAGUCCGCCCAGCACCAUAAUGCACACCACUGCUUGGAGAUCACAGUGAACUGCAGUCCAAUUAUAGAUCAUUGUAUCAUUCGUAGUACUUGCACAGUUGGCUCAGCUGUGUGUGUCAGUGGCCAGGGAGCUUCUCCUACGAUCAAACACUGCAAUAUUAGUGAUUGUGAAAAUGUUGGGCUAUAUAUAACAGAUCAUGCACAGGGAAUUUAUGAGGACAAUGAGAUUUCAAACAAUGCUCUUGCUGGAAUCUGGGUAAAAAACCAUGGAAAUCCUAUCAUCAGGAGAAAUCAAAUUCAUCAUGGGCGUGAUGUUGGGGUCUUCACAUUUGAUCAUGGCAUGGGUUACUUUGAAAGCUGUAACAUUCAUCGUAAUCGAAUAGCUGGUUUUGAAGUGAAGGCCUAUGCGAAUCCUACAGUAGUGAGAUGUGAAAUUCACCAUGGGCAAACAGGAGGAAUUUAUGUCCACGAGAAAGGACGAGGCCAAUUCAUAGAGAACAAAAUCUAUGCAAACAAUUUUGCUGGUGUGUGGAUUACAUCCAACAGUGAUCCAACUAUCAGGGCGAAUGCCAUUUUUAAUGGAAAUCAGGGUGGAGUUUAUAUCUUUGGAGAUGGAAGGGGCCUCAUAGAGGGAAAUGACAUUUAUGGAAAUGCAUUAGCUGGAAUACAGAUUAGAACAAAUAGUUGUCCAAUUGUGCGUCACAACAAAAUUCAUGAUGGUCAACAUGGCGGUAUCUACGUGCAUGAAAAGGGACAGGGUGUAAUUGAAGAAAAUGAAGUAUACAGCAAUACCCUGGCAGGUGUGUGGGUAACAACAGGAAGUACACCAGUGCUACGGAGAAACCGAAUACAUAGUGGCAAGCAGGUGGGUGUUUACUUCUAUGACAAUGGCCAUGGAGUGCUUGAAGACAAUGAUAUCUACAAUCAUAUGUAUUCAGGGGUUCAGAUUAGAACUGGAAGCAACCCUAAGAUUCGACGCAAUAAAAUAUGGGGAGGGCAGAAUGGUGGCAUUCUUGUUUACAAUUCUGGUCUUGGGUUUAUAGAAGAUAAUGAAAUAUUUGACAAUGCAAUGGCCGGUGUUUGGAUUAAAACAGACAGUAAUCCCACACUCAGACGGAACAAAAUCCAUGAUGGCCGAGACGGGGGUAUCUGCAUAUUUAACGGAGGCAGGGGACUCCUUGAAGAAAAUGAUAUCUUCAGGAAUGCCCAAGCUGGUGUUCUCAUUAGCACAAACAGCCAUCCAGUAUUGCGAAAGAACAGGAUAUUUGAUGGGUUUGCAGCAGGCAUUGAGAUAACAAAUCAUGCUACAGCUACUCUAGAAAACAAUCAGAUAUUCAACAACCGGUUUGGAGGGUUAUUUCUGGCAUCUGGCGUGAAUGUUUCAAUGAAAGACAACAAAAUAAUGAACAAUCAAGAUGCAAUUGAAAAGGCUGUUAAUAGGGGCCAGUGCCUGUACAAGAUAUCAAGUUACACCAGCUACCCAAUGCAUGAUUUUUACAGGUGUCACACCUGCAACACAACAGAUCGUAAUGCAAUCUGUGUAAACUGCAUUAAGAAGUGCCACCAAGGACAUGAUGUGGAAUUCAUUAGACAUGAUAGAUUUUUCUGUGACUGUGGUGCUGGAACACUUUCAAAUCCUUGCACGUUAGCUGGAGAACCCACACAUGAUACAGACACUCUGUAUGACUCUGCACCACCAAUAGAGUCCAAUACUUUGCAACAUAACUGAAAGUUUGUUUUUCCUGUCGUUCUAAUCAACAGUAACUCCAUUUGUAUCAAACAAAAAAACUAGGGGAAAAUAACAUUUUACCCAAAUCUUCAGGAAGAAUGUCCGAAUUUGUACAGCUGUUGUGCACGUGUGGAUAGCACUAGAGUCUGAACUCUGGUGUUCUGACAGUGAAGGAGUAAUCUGCUAACUCAGGAUCAAGAGAAGGUGCUGGGCAUGAAUAGCAUUAUGACAGAUUAAACAGCCAGCAGUGGUCUACCCAAGGGACAAAAUGCUAACACUGAUACUGUACCCUAAAUGCCAGCUUGUGAAGCUGUCUUCUUUGGACAAGUAGCAUUGGAAGACUGUUGCUGUUGGAAACAGCAGACAAUAUAACAAAGGUGUUCUGUAGCACCUAUGGACACUGGGUACUGAUUGGGUUGGUGUAUGUAAGAAAAUGUGAUCUAGCACUUCUGCAUUUGAUUUUUAAAGAAAACAUUUAUUCAAUGGAGAUAACUGAUUUUAAUGCUUUUCUCAUGUAGCUUUUUUGUAAUUUCAAGCAAAACCUUAUUGUACUUGAAUGUGUCCUGUUUUGUUAGCAGAACUAGAGACUUGCUGUAACUAUACUCAUGUCCCAGUAUCUUAUUCUUUCUAUGAAAGAGAAAAGGUAACACUAAUCGAUUGUAUCCCACAACUAUUGAUUUCAAUUACAGAACAUUGUUCUUUUUAAAGUUAUUUCCAGAAGUCAACAUAAGUGCUUUCAUGAGACUGUACAGGGAUUAAGGGAAAGUAAAUAUCUGAAGUGGUACCUGUAUUUUAGAUGCCACCUCAUUAAGACGUGCAUAUUGUUACAAAAGUAACUUCUGGACAGUGCCAUUUUGGUAAUGCUUCUUCUCCCUGUAAUGAAGCAGCUAGUAUAUAUGUACAUAUAUACUCAGUCUCCCUUUACUAGCUUUUCAUUAAUGCGUAUUGGUGACAGUGGGUAAAAUCAACAGCUUGAAAGUGUAUGCAUGUACCAUAACAUCCUAGACUUAAUAUAUUGUGGAGCAUUCAAUAACCAUUAUGUAGAUGAUAGGUAACAAUAAAAAGGGUUUAAUUUCCUAGGAA